AUGACCUGCUGGGUCUCCGCUGUCCUUGGUGCCCAACUGCUCGGGUUGGCUCACUUUCUGAAUGCCAUGCCUGCCGCCGAAUUCCUCCAGUUUGGGAUUAUUCACUCUCAAGCUCUGGGACGUGGCCUCAACUUCGCUCUACUGUUUGCUUUAGUCGGUAUGCUGCUGCGACCUAUGGUCACAGCUGGAGCACCUUUGAGCUCACGCAGGGCCAGGCAGUUCUGCAGCCACGCUACACCGCUCUGCCUUGCAUUUUCGGUUUGGAGUGUUCGUGCCUCCGCUUCUGUGCCCUUGCAAGCCGAAGUUCCAGCCGUGCACCAUCAGCUUCAUCCUGGUCGCGGGCCGGAGAAGCCACGUGGGCGCGUCAAGCGCAUUGGCAACGGGCUUUUCGCAAGAUUGUGCGGUUGUGCCCUGUCUUUCCUGGGGAUACCCAUUCCUUUGGGAUACGGGCCAGUUUGGCACGGACACGCAGUCACGUGGGCGUUCCUAUCCCGGCCCAUAGAGGCCUCUAUCUUUGAGCCGUCCCCAUCCCUUCUCCCCGAUGACCUCACAGAUGAUCCUAGCCAACACGAUGUUGCCGCUGCUGCUCCGGCAACUGCUGCCACAGAUGAUGGCGGGCAAGUUGAGGUUCACCUUGAGCCCGGUGAAUGGGCUGUCCACUUGUCAGAGCCCGCCCCGGGGCUUCCGCCAGCCAUCACCGAAUGGCCUAUCCUGUCUAGAGGGCUACGACCCCAUGUGUACAACACAUAUCAUCCAGAUGCAGUCCGCCUUCCCUUGGAUUCCUUUGGAGCGCAAGCCGCAUUGACAGGACGAUGGCUCGGCGUUAUCAUCAUG